GUGUGCGUAUCUGUGAUGUGUGUGUCCUCUUCUAGCAGCAGUGAGGUGUUAGAGGCAGGUGGACAGAGGUGUGAGGCAACACGGGAAUUUGAGUCUCUGUAGAAAUGAAGAGCGCAGAGGAGGCAGUAUAAAGUCUUUAAUUUAUUUGCAUCAACGUUGGAGAAGAAGACGGCGGGAGAAGAUCAAACACAGACAUGUACGGGUUCAUCAACAGCUGCCUCCAGUCUCUGGUGAUGGAGAAGUUUGGACAGGACACGUGGGACAAACUGAGCUCUCUACCAGGAGUCCAGGACACCUUCAUGACGUACACGGUUUAUGACGACGUGCUGACGGUCAGCCUGGUGAAGGAGGCCUGCACGCUGCUCGACGUUUCUGCCGACGUGUUCCUGAAGCUUUUUGGAGGACAUUUCUUCCUGUUCUGUAAAAAGGCGGGCUAUGACACCAUGAUGAGGACUCUGGGAGGGAACCUGGUUGAGUUCAUUGGGAAUCUGGACGCUCUGCACAGUUACCUGGCUCUGUCCUAUCAGGAAAUGAACGCACCGUCUUUCAGAGUGGAGAUGACGGACGAUGGGAAGAUGCUGCUUCACUACUACUCUGACAGAAAGGGCCUCUUCCAUAUUGUACCAGGUAUCAUAGAGGCGGUGGCCAGAGACUUCUUCCACACAAAAGUCACCAUGGAGGUUCUCAACCAGUCGGAGGAAGACGAGCGGACGGGGAAGAAGGAGCACGUCGUGUUUCUGGUCAACCAGGAAAUCAAUCCCGUGUUUAAGUCGCCUGAAUCCAGCGCAGAAACAACAGCGUGCACCACGACGAAUAAGAACAGCUGUAGAGAGAUAACCGAUGGUAGUCUCCAGUGCGCCUUCCGUCCGUGUUACCCGAACAAACUGUGGAUGGAGGAAAAAGCUUUCUGCGAUGCUUUCCCCUUUCACAUCGUCUUUGAUCGACAUCUGAAGGUGAGGCAGACAGGUGUGAACAUCCAGAAGUUUGUUCCAGGUCUUCACGCCAGAGAUGCUACACUGGAUCUGUAUUUCACCCUGAUACACCCACAGGUGACUUUUACCAUCGAGAGCAUCAGGAAGUUCAUCAACAGUCAGUUUGUGUUAAAGAGCCACAAGCACACCAUGCUCAAACUCAGAGGUCAGAUGGUGUGGAUGGAGUCUCUCGGCUGCAUGCUCUACCUCUGUUCUCCGAAGCUGCGGAGCCUCCAGGAGCUUCAGGACGUGGGUCUCCACCUGUCCGACCUCGCCCAGCACGACGUCACCAGAGACCUGGUCCUCCUGAACCAGCAGCGCCUGGCUGAGAUGGAGCUCAGCAACCAGCUGGAGAGGAAGAAAGAGGAGCUGAGGAUUCUGUCUCGUCACCUGGAGGUCGAGAAAGAGAAGACGGAGACUCUGCUGUACGCCAUGCUGCCUCGACACAUCGCCAAUCAGCUGAAAGAUGGGAAGAGCGUGAAGGCGGGGGAGUUUGAGGUGUGCACGAUCCUCUUCAGUGACGUUGUGACCUUCACAAACAUCUGCGCCGCCUGCGAGCCGAUCCACAUCGUCCACAUGCUCAACUGCAUGUACUCCAAGUUCGACCGACUCACCAACGUUCACGACAUCUACAAGGUGGAGACUAUCGGUGAUGCGUACAUGGUGGUGGGAGGCGUCCCCGUUCCCACUGUGACCCACGCUCACAGAGUGGCUAACUUUGCUCUGGGAAUGAGGAUCUCAGCCAGAGAGGUCAUCAACCCUGUAACAGGAAGACCCAUACAGAUCCGUGUGGGUCUGCACACCGGGCCCGUGUUGGCGGGGGUGGUGGGGGAGAAGAUGCCUCGUUACUGCCUGUUUGGAGACACCGUCAACACCGCGUCCAGGAUGGAGAGUCAUGGUCUCCCCGAUCACAUCCACCUGAGCUCCACAACUUACAGUGAGUUACAGGGCGCAGGGUUCGACAUAAAGGAGCGCGGGCACAUCGAGAUCAAAGGUAAAGGCAAGAUGACCACCUACUUUCUGUUGGGGAACCUGCUGAUGUCAGAGGAGAGCAUCAUGGGAAGAGAGGGUGGAGGGACAUGUUUGUACCCGGAGGAGAACCUCGGACAGAUUGACCAAGAGCACGACGUGAGCUCUGAGAGCGAGCAGAAGCACGCAGCCUCAGGUGAAGUCGUCACCCCGGACCUCUUCUCCUGGGACAUCACCCCACCGUAUCAGACCCACGAGGACAUCGAGCACAGCCGCAAAACACCUGCAAAUAACUCCAGCAGCAAACUGUGUAUGUUACUCUGACUGCGGAACAACUCGGCCUGCAGAGACACGCGCGAGAGAAGAAGACAAAAAAUUUCCCUGGGUGGCACCACGAGCGUCACGACGAUGUUUUACUAAAAGUGUGAAGAGGAUUUUGGGAACAGUUACGGCUUUUAUCCCAACCUUCUGAUCGAUUCCUGUGUGAGGUAACCAGCGCAUUGUUUCAUUCAUAUCUGGGACGCAGGGGAACACAGGAGUUGCUGCUCUACAGCUGCCUUGGUUAGUUUUUUGUGUUACUUUGUUCUAAAACAAAACUUGUAACGGGGGUGCAGAUGGCCUAGUGGUUA